AUGAUUUCGAAAAAUUCAACAAGUUUUGAGGAUGCUUUGACUAAGACGGGCUUCGGCAAGUUCAAUAUCCUGGCGUUCGUGGUCAGCCUCACCCUUGUCAUGGGGAUGACGUUCGAGGUGGUCUCCGUGGCGUACUUGGUGCCUGCCAGUGCUUGUGAUAUGGGCACCACCACCGCGCAGCAGGGGCUUAUGGCUGGGGUGCCGCUAUUAGGUAUAAUAGCGACGUCUCACUUCCAGGGCUACAUGGCGGACACUCGUGGAAGAAGGAAGGUUCUUGGAUGGAGCAUGUGCGUUGCGUUCGUGUGCGGCUCCUGCGCAGCGCUCUCUCCCAACUGGAUUGUCUUCUGCUUUUUGAAGUUUUUGUCUUCUGGCGCUUUAGCUGGAACAAUUCCGUUGACACUGACUUGGCUGAGUGAAUGCACGCCGCAGCACAAGAGAUCCAUCCUGAUCUCAUUAACUUCUGCGAUGUACCUCGUUACAGCAGGGUUCAUGGCUGUUGUAGCAAUACCAGUCCUUCAGCUAAAGUUCUCCAUCUACGUACCGUAUUUCAACAUAUUUUUCACAUCGUGGCGUCUAUUGAAUUUGCUAUUUGCUUCGGGUUGUGCUGUGGCCGCUAUCUGCAUGUUCAGUUCGCACGAGAGUCCGAGGUACUAUCUGCGUAUGGGCAAAGACGAAAAGGCAAUGAAUGUGUUGAGGGAAAUGUUUGCGACCAAUUUGGGAAAAAGCGCGGAGGAGUAUGACGUACUAUCAGUGGAAUUAGGCGAAGAGACAGGAGCGCCCACCAAAGGGAUGUUCUCAUCGAUAGUCGCACAAACAUUACCGCUCUUAAAAGCGCCUCUACUGAAGAAUACUAUUCUAUUGGGGGUGUUGUUUAUAAUUGCAUAUGCUGGGAUAAAUGCAUUUAUAGUUUGGUUACCGUUUAUCGCGGACUCUAUUAUGAAGGCGAGGGAGAGAGGCGAAGUCAUGUCCUUCUGCGAAAUGAUGGAGUCAACUCAAAACGCAACCUUGACUGAGAACAAUGAUUGCAGUCUCAACACCUUCGCUCUGCUAAUCGUGUGUGGGUCGAGCUUAGCGAUUGGUGUUCUCAAUAUUGUACUCAGCACGGUCAUCAACUACGUUGGACGGAAACGCAUGGUUAUUGCUAUACAGGUGAUUGCUGGUUUAGCAGGGCUCUGCGUCAACGCCACCAACUCCUGGAUCCUGGGCACGGGCUGCUUGAUCGUCUACAUAUCAGCCAAUGUCAAUUUCGGCUUCAUCUCUACCUUCAGCGUUGACAUCUUUCCCACUUAUGUCAAAGCAAUGGCAGUAUGUCUAACGCUAAUGAUUGGUCGCGCCAGUUCAUUUGUGGGUAUCAACGUCCUCAAAAACCUACUGGUUACUGACUGUCAACUCGCUUUUUAUAUAUUUUCGAGCAUAACUCUUACGGGGGCUUGCGUUGCGUUACUUUUACCAAACGAUGUGAAAAUGACAAAAAAGGAUUCAGCAGAGGCUAUGUCGUCGUAA